GUAGUCUAGGCAGUUCUGUGAAGGUAACUGACAGUCUAAAAAUAGAAAAAAGGUGCGAGGUGUAUGCUUACCCUGGAGUUGGUAUAUGUCCUCUUCAUUCUCUCAGUCUUUCUAUUAUUAGCACCAUGGACGUUAUUAGUAUUCUGUUUCUCCCCCUUUUUAUAUCCUCACUUCUUCAAGUAGAUUCUGUUCAUGACAAACAAAGAAGACGUAGCAGUAUAGAUCUUGUUUCCUUUCUCUCCUAACGCCCAAGUCUCACUCCUCGGCUUGGAAGGCAAUGAGGGAGCAGCCAAGGCAUUAUUAAAAGUUGAUUUUCUCGACCAAUCAUCAAGCCCCGGAAAGCUAUAUCUCGACUAGGAUGGCUACCCCCAACGCAACAGGGAACUGCCCGGCUCCAAUGAUAGCUACUUCUAAUGGAGCCUUCCAAAACGAAAACCCUCUUGAUUACGCGCUUCCUAUGAUCAUCCUACAGAUCUGCUUGGUGGUUGUGUUUACAAGGCUCUUAGCUUACCUUCUUAAACCUCUUAAACAGCCCCGCGUCAUUGCCGAGAUCAUUGGAGGGAUACUUCUUGGGCCUACUGCUUUGGGACGAAGCAAGGUGUAUUUAGAAACCAUCUUCCCAGAGAAGAGCAUGACGGUUUUAGACACGCUCGCAAACAUUGGUCUCCUCUUCUUCUUGUUCCUAGUUGGGCUUGAGCUUGACUUUGCAGCCAUCCGAAAAACCGGAAAGAAAUCACUAUUGAUAGCCUUAGCUGGGAUCUCACUUCCUUUUAUAAUAGGUGUAGGUGCAUCUUUUGUUCUCAGCUCAACCAUAAGCAAAGGAGUCCAUCAGCUACCCUUUAUAGUCUUCAUGGGUGUUGCCUUAUCAAUCACUGCCUUCCCUGUGCUAGCUCGUAUCCUAGCUGAGCUAAAGCUUCUGACAACCGACGUUGGACGUAUGGCCAUGUCAGCAGCUGGAGUCAACGACAUUGCAGCUUGGAUAUUCCUUGCACUCGCCAUUGCUCUCUCAGGAAACGACAGUUCUCCUCUAGUACCUCUUUGGGUCCUCCUCUGUGGAUCCGGUUUUGUGAUCUUUGCUGUUUUGGUUAUCAAACCUAUCCUUGGCUAUAUGGCUAGACGCUGUCCUGAAGGAGAGCCCGUGAAGGAGCUCUAUGUAUGUGUCACUCUAACAUUAGUUUUAGCUGCAAGCUUUCUGACAGACACUAUUGGGAUACACGCGCUGUUCGGCGCGUUUGUUGUCGGUAUAGUGACUCCUAAACAAGGACCGUUUUGUAGGAUCUUGACUGAGAAGAUAGAGGAUCUUGUCUCGGGGCUUCUCCUACCGUUGUACUUUGCGUCAAGCGGUUUAAAAACCGAUGUAACAACCAUCAGAGGUGCGCAAUCAUGGGGACUUUUAGUUCUUGUAAUAGUCACUACUUGUUUCGGGAAGAUUGUAGGAACCGUUGGGGCCUCGAUGCUAUGUAAGGUUCCUUUUAGAGAAGCUAUGGCACUUGGGGUACUAAUGAACACCAAAGGUUUAGUAGAGCUUAUUGUUCUAAACAUCGGUAAGGACCGGAAGGUGUUGAACGAUCAAGUCUUUGCCAUCUUAGUACUAAUGGCAUUGGUCACAACUUUUAUUACAACACCACUUUUGUUGGCGAUUUAUAAGCCAGCGAGGAAAGGAGCACCUUACAAGCAUAGAACAAUCCAAAGAAAAGACCAUGACUCCGAGUUGCGUCUACUCGCUUGCUUCCACAGUACACGCAACAUACCUACGUUGAUCAACAUGAUAGAAUCAUCGAGAGGAACAGGGCUAAAGGGACGUCUCUGCGUCUACGCCAUGCAUCUGAUGGAGCUCUCCGAGCGGUCAUCGGCGAUCGCGAUGGUCCACAAAGCUCGGUACAACGGUCUCCCGAUAUGGAACAAGAUAGAGAGGUCGACGGAUCAGAUGGUGAUCGCUUUCGAAGGCUACCAGCAUCUACGAGCGGUUGCGGUUAGACCGAUGACGGCGAUCUCUGAUCUCAGCACCAUCCACGAGGAUAUCUGCACGAGCGCGCACCAGAAACGGGUAGCGAUGAUUCUCCUCCCGUUCCACAAGCAUCAGAGAAUGGACGGAGCGAUGGAGUCGAUAGGACACGCGUUCCACGAGGUGAACAAACGUGUCCUGGAGCAAGCUCCUUGCUCCGUGGGGAUACUCGUGGAUAGAGGACUCGGAGGAGCGUCUCACGUUGUGGCCAGCGAAGUCGAUUACAAGAUCGUGGUGCCGUUCUUCGGAGGGUUAGACGACAGAGAAGCGCUCUCUUACGGGAUGAAGAUGGUGGAGCAUCCGGGGAUCACGCUCACCAUCCUCAAGUUCGUAGCCUCGAGAGGAGGGACGUUGAAGAGGUUCGAGAAAGGUGAAGUGGGUGAAGAUGAGAAGAAGGAGAAAGAGAUAGACGAAGAGUUUCUGAGGGAGCUGAUGAACGAUCCGAGAGGGAAUGAGUCGUUGGCCUACGAGGAGAGAGUCGUUGAGAGCAAAGACGACGUUCACGCGACGCUCAAGGCGAAGAGUAAGUGUAACCUGUUUGUUGUCGGGAGAAACGCGGCGGUUGUGCCGUUGGUUAAUAGUACGGAUUGUCCCGAGUUAGGACCGGUUGGACGUUUGUUGUCGUCUUCGGAGUUUUCGACUACUGCGUCGGUGCUUGUUGUUCAGGGAUAUGAUUCGGCUGCGGAUACACGGCCGGUUGAUGAAGAUGAGAGUUACGAGCAGUCUUCUAGAGAAAUUGGAGACUCAACCGUUUGAUGGAGAUAUAUAAGUUACUUACAGAACAAGAAAAGUUGUCUCUCUGUUUUUUUAUUUUUGCCUCGCGGAAUAUUUUUGUUGGGACUUGGGAGUUUCCUGAGUCUUGUUUUGUAUUUCUCCCUAAAAAUAAUGGUUGUCAUCAUCAUACUUACAUUAGAUU